AUGAUUUCUCAAGUAACCAUCGUCUGUCUACUGGUAGUGAGUGCUCAGGCAUAUGUUGCCGUGUCUCACCAAUCCCGGGUUGACCACCAUGGACAUUACGGCCACCACCACCGUCACGAUCAUGUGAUACACCAUCAUUAUGACAAACACCAUCACCAUGAUGGUCACGAUGAUCAUCACGAUGAUGACCAUCAUCAUCACGAUGAUCACCAUAAUGAUGAUCACCAUCAUGAUGAACAUCAUAAUGAUGAUCACCAUCACGAUGAACAUCAUCACGAUGAACAUCAUCACGAUGAACAUCAUCAAGAUGAACAUCAUCACGAUGAUCAUCACCACGGUGGGCAUGAUGAUCACCAUCACGAUUACCACCACCACUACCCUGAGUACCAGUUUGAAUACUCAGUGAAAGAUGACCACACACAUGACUACAAAUCGCAACAUGAAGAGCGCAAAGGAGACCACGUGUCUGGCUUUUACAGUCUUGUAGAACCCGAUGGCAAUGAGCGCACUGUUCAUUAUAAGGCCGAUGACCACCAUGGGUAA